AUGUCAAUACAGCUAAGAGAUGGUUUAAUCAAUCAGCUGUUGGAUCGCGUUCUUGAAGAUCUUUUAGUGAGAUUUGUCGUCAACGUACCUGAGGAGGACUUGUCUUCGAUAGAAAGAAUAUUCUUUCAAGUGGAAGAGGCACAUUGGUUCUACUUGGACUAUGUACGUCAAUUGGAUCCCAGCCUACCUUCUAUGAAGAUGAAAACGUUUGCUUCGAAACUUUUGGAAAAGUGUCCGCUAAUAUGGAAAUGGGGAGAUCCUUCCGACGCAUUAGCAAGGUUUGGGAAAUACAAAAGUACGAUCCCGGUAAGGGGAGUUGCAUUGUUCAAUAAGGAUUUGACAAAGGUGUUGUUGGUCAAAGGGACAGAAUCAAACGCUUGGUCGUUUCCUAGGGGAAAAAUUUCCAAGGAUGAGAGCGAUAUUGAUUGUGCUGUGAGAGAGGCUGAAGAGGAAAUUGGAUUCAAUUGCUCAGAAUUGAUAGAUAGGAAUGAUUAUGUUGAGAGAACAAUUAGGGGUAAGAACUACAAGAUUUUCCUCGUGAAGAAUGUUUCUGAAGAUGCUCAUUUUGAGCCAGUUUCAAAGUAUGAAAUCUCCCAAAUAAAGUGGUUUGACAUUAAAGCCGUCCAGAAAAAGGUGAAAAGUAAUCCAAACAACUUUUUCAUAGUAGCAACAAUCAUUAAACCGGUGAUGAAAUGGAUAAGUAAAAACAAAGGUGUAUUGAGUGAAGAGGAGCUUAUGCAGCAAGCAGAAAUCAAAUUAAAGAAAUUAAUGGGAUUGAAUAAACGCGAAGAAAAUGUGGAUGCCGGAAGAGAGUUGCUCAACAUUUUACAAAGAGCCAAACCAACUUCAAAAUCAGCCGACAUUCGAGAUGAGUCGACAAACAACCAGGCCGCGCAACCAAAUAUAACACCAAUGGUUAAUGUCCAGCUUCCACUACAUCUUCAAAAUCAACUUCCCUUCUUCACUGGUGGAGCUCAUCCCAACAUGCCGUUUUUCAUGCAACCAAUGGCUAAUGGGCCUGGACAAGUUCCUCAUUUUCCUCAGCCUGGCUUUUUCCACCCUCAUCAUCAAUAUAAUCAACAAGUGCCACCCAACCCUGAAAGCUUGACGAAACCUAAAACCAAUUCAAAAGAAUUGUUAUCCAUUUUGACAACCAAGAGUGACAGGAAGGAUGAUUCCGGUCUGACCAGAGCGAAAAAUGCAGAUUCUGGAAAUAUUAGAUCAAGGGCUCAACAACUAAUGAGUGUGUUUCCAAAGAGAAAGGAACCGGUUGAAAGGAAAGAUGACAAACCAGUUGAUAGUAAAGAUGUAUCAGGUCGUGCAAGCCCUUCAAGCAAUCAAUCAAACUCAAGUCAAGAAAAGAUAAAGACAAAACCAGCUUUGAACAAAUAUACACCUCUGGAAAAAGAUGCAUCUAAGUCGGUGCGUCAACAACCAUCGAAUGAGAUUGAGGAAUCCAUUCGUUCUUCGUAUCAGCGACAACCAGCAGUUGGACAAAAGAUAAAAUUACUCAAAAGAUCUGACAACAAAGAUUCAAAGGAUCUUUUGAGCCUCUUGGGGCCGAGAAAAGAAACUAAGGAACAAGGUAAUGGCUCUGAUUCCAAACAAAAUGGGGGUAUCGCGAAUCAAGCACAAAAAGAAGCGUCUAUUGAGGAGGAAGAUGAUGUAAAUGGAUCAAUUCAUGUCGAAAAACAGCCCUCACCCGACCGUACUGCCUCACAACAAUUACUAAGCUUUUUACACAGAGAGACCCCAUCCAAGAAUUUUGACGAGGGAGAAAAGAGGGCCAGUGGGAUUGCAAAUGUAUUAAACAAAGAAACACGCGAUAAUGAUAUUACACCUAGGGUGGUAUCGCCAACCAGAGAUUUUCUCAGUUUACUCAAGAAACCAAACAAUGCUGAUUCUCGUAACACAUCAAGUGUUGAUCCGUCACCAUUAUCAAACAAACCCCAGCAACAGCAUAAAUCACAAUCGUCAACUUCAGCAAACAAAUUGCUCAGUUUGCUAGAAAGGAGACCAUCAGAUAAUGGUAAAGGCAGUAUCAACCAGGGUAUUUGGAGCAAUCAAGAUAAACGACCUAGCAUUACAUCACCCAAUGCAUUAGCCAGUAUUCAACAAUUUGACAGAGAAGUUGGCAGUAAUCAAGCAACGUUGUCAAAUACUAUUGCGUCACCCGUUUCAGAAAAUUGGGGGUUCUCUCAGCCGGAAUCUUAUCAACAACUGCAACAACCGCAUCAGCAGCAGAAUGUCGAUUUGUCAGCUGCAAAUACGUUAAGAGACGUUUUGAGAAAGAACAGCGCGCAACCAUCUCCUAGUUUGAGUGGGGCGUAUGAUCCUGUGAGUAACAGUCAAUCACAGGCUCCACAGGCUCCACAGGCUCCGCAUACUCAAGCAUGCCCCAAUCAAAAACAGCAGGAUCAAUUUGAUAAUUUUGAGGAUUUCGAAGAUUUUGAAGAGUUGGACAACUUUAAUGCAUUCAAUGAUAAAUACAUAUUUGAUGAAGAGUUACUUCCUAAAACUUUCAACACCUUUGAUGUCGAUAGUGAUGAAGAAGAUUCUGGAGGUCAUGUUGGACAUCAGUUUCAGCAUCCACUGCAACUGCAACUGCAACAGCGCCAGCGUCAGCUGCAGUAUUCACAGCACCCACAACAAUCUUUCUACCAAGGUGGUGCCUUUCAACAAGCACAGAAACCUUUGGAGAAUACGAAUGGUAUCAACUCGGGAACACCCAACAUAGCAGAACCUAAAUUCAAUUUAUCUACAUCAUUCCGGUCAACUAUUGGUCCACAGGAUAAUUCAAACAAUCCAGGUAAAGGAUUAUUAGCAUUAUUGAACCGGGGAAAAUCUUCAUAA